AAUGCUAAUGGAUUAGCAAUAGCGGCGGCGACACAGAGAGGAAAAACAAUUGAUAUAUUUGAAGUCCUGAGGAUUUUGUUAGUUGCAAAAUGGAAAAUGAUGAAGUUAAACGUGGCCGUGGACGCGGACGUGGUUCACGAGCGCGGGGUCGAGGCCGCGGUCGCGGCAGGGGACGCGGUAAAAAAAUUGAUGACACAGGCAGCACAUUAGAGGCAUUCGAAGGAGGCGCUGGAGUUGUUGUUGCACCUGUGUCAGGUAGCGGGACCGUUGAAGAUAGUCCCAGCAGCAUGGAUCACACAGAAGAUGUCGUAAUGCAAGACCUAGAUAAAGAGAACGAAAUGGAGUUAACAGCAUCGGCCGAAGAGCAGGCAACACCCAUUGCGGACAGAACGCCACCGCCUCAGCAACAGCAGCUGCAGCAGCAGGUAGCGCCGCCCAUGCUACCACAGACAAUUGACAUGGAAGCGGAUAUAUCACAGUUGGAAGCACCCACAUUUACAACAUUGUCGCGCGGACCACCGGAGCCCAUGCUGCGCCUUAAAUGGAACCACAAAGUGAACCUCAUUGGCGAAAAGGUGCUCAAUCCGAUGAUCCAUUGCUGCGACCAGUGCGACAAACCCAUUCUUGUCUACGGCCGCAUGAUACCCUGCAAACACGUCUUUUGUCUCAAGUGUGCUCGCGCAGAGCCUAUCAAGAGCUGUCCGCGCUGCAGCGAUAAGGUGCUGCGCGUCGAGCAAUCCGGCCUUGGCACGGUCUUCAUGUGCACGCACGGGGGCAGUCGGUAUGGCAGCACCGGCUGUCGCCGUACGUAUCUCUCGCAGCGCGAUCUGCAGGCGCACAUCAAUCACCGGCACGUCACACCACAGCCGCCACUGACAGCGUCGACGGGCGUGGAGCCAAAGCUGACGGAGAUGAGCGGCCUGGAGUUGCAUAAGCAGCGCAAGGCGAGUAGUUGCUAUGGCUCCUAACUAUGCCACUCUCUGUC